UCUGAGCUCAGAUGUGGAAUCUGUGAGUGAGGGGAGGGUUCUUGCGCGUAGCCUCCUUUUCAGGCACCUGUGGUGCUGUAGGAGCUCCUUUCCUCUCCGCCCAGUCCCAGUCGGCUGGGAGCUCUGAUCUUCUGGCGACUUUCUAUUCUCCUUACUUUACCGUCCUUGUUGUUCCGUGAUUUGUAUAUCCAGGCUUUAUUUAGGACCACAGUGUCCUUGAUAACGGAAGUUUCCUAUCUCACAAGUAUCCUGUAGCUCUUGUUUGUGACCACGUUUCUUUAGUGAGUAGUUAUUUUCCGGUUUGGGCUGUGAAUAGAGUAACUCCUGUGUUGUGACACAAGCAACUCCUUUUAAACUGCAUAAUUGUUCCGUAGUGUUUUCUUAUGUCGAAAAAUUUCCUGAUCGGGACAAAAAAAGAGCUCAGGUAAGAUCCCCCGUCUGCCCAGACCACAGCUGAAGAGAGCGUUUCUCUGAGCCGUGUAAGCGGGGAUGGAGGAAGUCUCUAAGCCUCUCCCUGCUGUGGCUGUCCAGGCUUCGGAAGAACAAGGGGAGAUUAUCAAAGUAAAGGUUAAAGAAGAAGAUCACGUUUGGGAUAAAGAGUCCUGCCAGCAGAAGAAUUUGUCUGAUUCCAGGGAAGUGUCUCGUCAGCGCUUCAGGCAAUUCUGCUAUCAGGAGACACCUGGGCCCAGGGAAGCUCUGAACCAGCUGCGGGAACUUUGCCAUGAGUGGCUCACACCAGAGAUACACACCAAGGAGCAGAUCCUAGAGCUGCUGGUGCUGGAGCAGUUCCUGACCAUCCUGCCAGAGGAGCUGCAGGCCUGGGUGCAGGAGCAUCACCCAGGAAGUGGGGAGGAAGUGGUGACUGUCCUGGAGGAUUUGGAGAGAGAGCUUGAUGAACCUAAACAGGUCUCACAGGACACAUAUGAGCAGGAAGUUCCUGUGGAAGAAAUGGCUCCUUUGGAUUCUACAAAGGGAGUCUUACAUACCCAGCUCCAGUUUAUGGAAGGCAGAAUGGAAUGUGAAUCUCCAGAACCACACCCACCUCAAGAUAAAGAGUCAUUUUUGUGGCUUUCCAUGAUGUCUCCAAGCAUGGGUGAUGAUAACCUCAGUAACCUAGAUACUUACGAAGGAGAAAUUGAACCAGAAAAUAUGAGAAAAAAAUUCUUCAAAACCUUAGCAGUGUUACUGGAAAACAAAAGUAGUAACAGUAAGAUGUUUUCUAAAGCAAAGUAUUGUCAAUUGAUAAGGGAAGUAAAAGAGGCUAAAACUAAGACAAAAAAGGAAUCAGUGGACUACCGUCGCUUGGCUAAGUUUGAUGUGGUCCUUGUUCAUGGAGAUGAAAAGUUGAUUGAGGCUGUAACUGAUGUAAGAGGUAGAAGACGGUAUUAUUUACACAGUGAGGACGUAUUUGACAUUCUACAUGAUACACAUCUUAGCAUUGGACAUGGUGGAUGUGCCCGUAUGGAAAAAGUGUUACAAGCAAAAUAUAAGAACAUCACCAAAGAAGCUAUAAUGCUAUACCUGACACUCUGCAAACCAUGCCAACAGAAACCUUCCAAGUUCAAGAGAGCUCUAACAUCAAAACCAAUUAAGGAAAUUAACUCAAGAUGUCAGGUAGAUCUCAUAGACAUGCAAUCAAAUCCUGAUGGGCAGUAUAAGUUUAUUAUGCAUUACCAAGACCUUCACACAAAGUUAAAUUUUUUGCGGCCAUUGAAAUCUAAAAAGCCUAAGGAAGUUGCAGAUGCUCUUUUAGAUAUUUUUACAAUUACUGGAGCACCCAGUGUGUUACAAUCCAACAAUGGGAGGAACUUUGCAAGGCAGAUUGUUAAUAAACUCAGUGAUACUUGGCCAGAACUCAAAAUUGUCCAUGGGAAACCUCAGGCCUGCCAAAACCGGAGUUCUACAAAACAAACUAAUGAAGAAUUCCAAAAGAGAAUUUUCUCCUGGAUGCAAGCAAACAAGUCCUCACACUGGGCUGAAUUUUUGUGGUUCAUUCAGAUGACCCAAAACAAACCCUAUCACAGAGGCAUGCAACAGACUCCAUGUAAAGGUACAUUUAGUUCUGAAGCUAAACUGGACCUGUCCCAUUCUCAUUUAACUGAAGAACUUGUUUCCAGACUGCACACAGAGAAUGAAUUAGAUCAGGCCAACAAAGAGUUAGAAAAUACUUCGAGAGCCCAGUAUGAAGAAAACAUUGAGACUAAAACAGAUAGUAGUGAUCUUGAAGAAAAUAUUUCUAUCCCCAAGGUUGCUGAGAAAGACCUUCCUGAAAACAGGUUAAGAUUUUUAUCCUGUGUAGUUUGUGAAAAAGAAUGCACAGGUGCUCAUAAUUGCAUAUCCUGUCUUGGAAAUGUCCAUGCAACCUGUGGAGUUCCUUCUCAACAUGAGGCUGAGAGCUAUGGUCAUCACAUAACUUGUAACCUUUGUUAUAAGAAAAGUACAAUGAAAAGGAAACAUGAUGACAUUCAAAGUGGUUUGCCUGUUCAACCCUCCAAAAUGUUAAAAACAUCAGAGACACUGUUUUCACCACACAUGGUAGGAGACUGGAUGGCGAAACAAACUGCACUGGACUUUUUCGUCAAGAAAAAACACACCUUUAAUGAAUGCAGCAGUGUUAAAAGAAGUGGUAACAAUAUCAAUCAUUCCAAAGAAGUAAAAGCCAAAAGAAUUCAUACUAGUUUUACUCGGAAAUAUCAUCCCUCAUAUAUUGAGUUUGGUUUUGUAGCUACAAUUGAUGGCGAAGUACUAAAACCACAGUGUAUUAUUUGCGGAGAUGUAUUGGCUAAUGAAGCAAUGAAACCAUCAAAACUUAAGCGGCAUUUAUAUUCAAAACAUAAAGAAAUAAGUUCACAACCAAAAGAAUUCUUUGAAAGAAAGAGUAAUGAAUUAAAACGUCAACCAAAGCAGGUAUUCAGCAUUUCCCAUAUAAACAUUAAUGCUUUGCGGGCUUCAUAUAAAGUAGCACUUCCAGUUGCUAAGUCUAAAACACCAUACACGAUUGCUGAGACCCUAGUGAAAGACUGCAUCAAAGAGGUUUGCUUGGAAAUGUUGGGUGAAUCUGCAGCAAAGAAGGUAGCUCAGGUACCACUUUCCAAUGACACCAUAGCUCGACGUAUUCAGGAACUGGCUCUUGAUAUGGAAGACCAACUCAUAGAACAAAUAAAGCUAGCAAAGUAUUUUUCAUUACAACUUGAUGAAUGCAGAGAUAUUGCUAACAUGGUUAUUCUUUUAGUCUAUGUGAGGUUUGAACAUGAUGAUGAUAUAAAGGAAGAAUUCUUUUUUUCAGCCUCUUUACCUGCAAAUGCAACUAGCUCAGAACUGUAUGAAGCUGUAAAGAAUUACAUUGUUAACAAAUGUGGCUUGGAAUUUAGGUUUUGUGUAGGAGUAUGUUCUGAUAGUGCAGCUUCAGUGACAGGAAGACAUUCCAAAGUGGUUACCCAGAUUAAGGAACUUGUACCAGAAUGUAAAAUAAUGCAUUGCUUUAUUCACCAAGAUGGUCUUGCUAUGAAAAAAAUAUCAGGUGAACUGAAUAGUGUGCUUACCGAUGUAGUGAAAAUAGUGAAUUAUGUAAAAUCUAAUGCACUAAAUUCAAGAUUAUUCUCUUUAUUAUGUGAUAAUAUGGAAAUUGAUCAUAAGCAACUGUUAUUGCACACUGAGAUACGAUGGUUAUCACGGGGAAGAGUUCUGUCAAGAAUAUUUGAAAUACGAAAUGAAUUCCUAGUGUUUCUACAAAGCAAAAAACCUGUUUGGUUUCAACUUUUUAAAGAUGUGAAUUGGAUAGCCAGACUUGCGUAUUUGUCUGAUAUCUUUAGUAUUUUUAAUGAUCUUAAUGUGUCUAUGCAAGGAAAGAGUUCAACAUGUUUUUCAAUGGCAGAUAAGAUUGAAGGACAGAAACAAAAGUUAGAAAGCUGGAAAAACAGAAUCUCCACAAAUUGCUAUGACAUGUUCCAUAAUUUAACAACGAUUAUCAAUGAAGUAGGUAAUGAUCUCCAUAUGGCACAUCUGCAAAAAGUUAUUAAUGAACAUCUUACAAAUUUGUUAGAGUGUCUUGAAUUUUAUUUUCCAUCUAAAGAAGAUCCACGUAUAGGAAAUGCAUGGAUCCAAAAUCCAUUUAUUUUAUCAAAAGAUAAUUUAAAUUUAACUGUAACCCUACAAGACAAGUUGUUAGAGCUGGCUGCUGAUGAAACAUUGAAAAUAAAAUUUGAAAAUACAGCAUCACUUGCUUCAUUUUGGAUAAAAGUGAAAAAUGAAUAUCCUGGGCUUGCUGAGAUUGCUUUAAAAUCUCUUCUUUUAUUCCCCUCAACAUACCUCUGUGAGACAGGGUUCUCUACUUUAAGUGUUAUUAAAACAAAACAUAGAAACAGUUUAAAUAUACAUUAUCCCCUGAGAGUAGCACUGUCAUCAAUUCAACCUAGACUAGACAAAUUAACAAGUAAGAAGCAAGCUCACUUAUCACAUUAAAAACUUUAAAUAUUGAUAUAUAAGGAGGUCAUUCAAAGUAUGCAUUUAGAUUUUAGAGUGAACAAUUUGCUAUUUCACUUUAAUCAUUCUAUUUAGUUACAAUUAUGGAAGCAUGAAAAGUUUGGGAAAAAUCUUUAUAUCAAUUGCCUAUAUGUACACUUCUAAUGAGCAAUUUAUACAGUUUUUAUAAUUUUCCUUUUAUAUUGACAAUGUAAAUUUGUUGACUAGUAUUAAAAUUUUUCAUCUU